AGCACAAUCUGCCGCGAAAACCUCUAACGAGUUGGAGUUGCAUGGCUUGCUCUGUGGCACUGAAGGCUGAUAAAAUGCGACAUGGAAUUACAGAAGCAGCGAUAUGACUAACAAAAUCUUUUGAAUCACAACAAGUUUUAUUUUAAAAGCCGAAUCAUGAAAUUUGAAAACAGAAGAAGAGGACAAGUUUGAAAAAACGCGGGAAAUGGCAGACAGGUUACCUGGUGUGGAGAGCUCGGCCAUUAGUAUACUGAAGAGGGCAGUAGAAUUGGACUCCAGUAAGCGCUAUGAUGAGGCGGUGACAUGUUAUCAGGAGGGACUACAGUUACUGCUGGAGGUUCUUAAAGGAGAAACAGAUGUGACAAAGAAGGAAAGAUUCCGACAGAAGAUAAAAGAGUACAUGGAUAGGGCGGAGGAACUAAAGAAGUUUGUCAAAGAGGAGAAAACAGCUGGCAAACAGCAUGAGCAGAUUCAGAUAGAGAGCAAUAAUACAGGAUAUAGCUAUGAGAGGCUGUUCUCACGAUUCCUGAACCAAUUUGUCACAGAAGUAGAGGUGGAGGAUCCGUACAUUCGUUCUAACCAUCAGAUAUACAAUUUUCUAAGAUUCUGUGAAUUAGUUGUGAAAUCUAAAGCACCAGUCAAAGAAAUCCGUCUUCUAACAGGCAGUGAUGAGAGCCCUGAUCUCCAGGCCCAACAGCAUGAAAAACUGGGACAGCUGUCAGAAAGUCUCCGUAGUCAUAAAAUCAAGCUGACAGUCAAAUACUCCGACACACUGCAUGACAGAGAAAUCAGGUUUGAUACUGGAUGGGUGGUCAAAAUUGGAAGAGGUUUAGACAUUUAUAAAGCUGCCGGAAGCAAGUUUUCAAUUGGAUUUUGUGAUUUUGACCUUCGACCCUGCCACAAGACAACAGUGGAUAUUUUUAACAGGAAGUAUGUGAAAGAUACAAGUGACAGUGCUGAGGGUUCAGUCUGACAAAGGCUAUCAGAUAUGUAUCUAUGCAUGACUGUGAUAUUUAUUUAUUUGUUCAUGUUCUUGUUUAGUUUGAUUAUGAUUUAGUUAAGGAACUCUGCAUUUACCAAUUGCUCAUAAAACUGAGAGUUUUUAAGUUUUGAAUCGGACAAAAUGACUGAUUUUGAUAUAUAGACAAAUAGGUAAAUGCUGUCUCAGUUUACAUGUUCAAAAAGAGAGUAUAUACAAUAUUGAUUGAAAUUGUAGACAUUAACAGGCAGAUUUAUUAUUCACAUUCAAUAAUUCAUAAUUUUUUUUUUAAUUUCACUUAUAAGAAGAGAAUUUCUUAGAGCUUCAGCCUUUCAGUAUUUUAUGUACUUUCUCUUUUGUGAUAGUAAAACGGAAUAUAAAACAAUGAAAAUGACAAUAUUACAUUGUAAUUGAUUUUAUAGACUACUAUAAAGUCAUAAUUAUGAGGCAAUAUAGCUUUGACCAUGGUAACAAAGUAUUAAUAUAAAGGCAGUAUUUUUCUGUCACACAUUCUAAGAUGGAUAAUUCCAACAUAUUUUUAUUUAAUACAUAAAUCAGCACACUCAAAGUUUAGCACAAUCUUCUAAUUUAAUUGUUUAGAGUUGUUAUAAUAUAGCACACCUUAAUCUUGAAAAGCUGCAAGUAUUAGUUCCAAUCAUAUAUUAGUGUACAUGAUUUACAAGAAUUGUAACAGGAUGAAAGACAAUGAAAUAUAAACCCAUCUUAAACAAGUGUGUUUUCAGUUUGCUUGAAAAUUAUGUAUAUUUUAUAAAGAUAAAUAGGCUAAAACAAUGUUCAGUAUA